AUGGCGUCUAACCGUUCGCUCUUCCUCAUUCUCCUCUUUCUCUUAUCCGCCAUCUCUGUUGCCGGCGAAGACCUCAGCCUCGGUCCGGCGGAGCAAGAGGCGGUCUACCUCGCUCUCGAAUCGAUCGAUCCGUUCACCGACUGGCGAUCUCUCUACCCCGGCGAUCUUUGCCUCUACGGGCCCCACGGCGUCGUCUGCGACGUCGGAGAAUCAUCGUCGGAGCUCCACGUCAUCGAGAUCAACCUCGGCUUUGUCUCCGACGUCUCAUCAAACCCUAACUGCUCCCAAAACGCCACCCUCCCUUACUCUUUAUCAGCUCUCCCAUUUCUCCGCAAGAUUUUCUUCUACAACUGCUUCUCCUCCUCGAAAACUAUCUUCGAAUCAAGCUUCGUUAAGAAUCUAUCGUCGGCCAUGAGAGAGAUCGUCUUCAUCAAUAAUCCAGCUCUUGUCGGCCGAAUCAGUGGCUCGAUAGGUAAUUUCUCUAAUCUCAGGCGCUUAAUCAUUACAAAUUCGGCCGUUUCCGGUUCUGUCCCUAUCGAGAUCGGAGAUCUACAGAAUCUCAGCCAGCUGGUUCUCUCGGGAAAUCGCUUGCGUGGACCGAUUCCGGCGAGUAUUGGAAGUUUGAACCAGCUGAUGAUUCUCGAUCUGAGCGGUAACCGGAUAUCCGGCGGUGUUCCGACUCAGAUUGGGCGGUUGAGCGAGCUUGUAAAGCUAGAUCUGAGCGGUAACCGGAUCUCUGGACCGGUGCCGGUCGAAAUCGGCCGGCUUAAGAACGUCGAGUUCUUGGAUUUGAGCUUUAACAAGCUCACCGGCGGUGUUCCGACCGCGAUCGGCCGGAUGGUGAGUUUAAAGGAGGUGUAUUUGAGCGGGAACGCUCUCGGAGGGCAAAUACCGGAGAUUUGGGAGACUCUGAAGGGUAUUCUGGGGAUUGGAAUGUCAAAGACUGGACUUGUCGGUAAUAUUCCUGCUUCUAUGGGGGUGUUUUUGGAAAAUCUGUGUUAUCUGGGGUUGGACGGUAAUUUUCUCGAGGGGGAGCUCCCGGAGCAGUUUAAGAGGCUGGAGGCCACCGCGAGUGAGAUUAACGUGGAGAACAACAGGCUUCGAGGUCGGAUCCCGUUCUCCGCUGGGUUCGUUUGGAGAUUAGGCGGUAAGCUUAAGGUCGGCGGUAACGGGAACCUUUGCUUGGGGGAGGAGUUAGUGGGUCAUGUGAGGAGCACGAGUAGCGUAGGGGAGCUGGAGCUGUGCAACAAAACUGAAAUUCCCCGUGCUGUCCUUUUCUCGUCAGGAGCUUCUUUCUUGAAGGGCAGGCUUUUUUGGGUUGUUUUAGUAAUUCAGCUCUGGUUUUGUCUUUUUGUUAGGGGGGGUUAA